AUGGCUGCGACCGGAAGCUGUAGAACCACCAGUUUCUUCCCCCUCUCCGCCCCAAAAUCACCGCAUCCGCCGCACAAAUUCUCCCCUUCACCAAAGCAUUUUCACCUCUGCUCUCACAGAUGCUCAAAUCCCUCUCUCGGCGUCAGCCAUUCCCAUAUCUCUCCACCUCCGGCGCACAGUAGCAAUCUUCAUUCUCCUGCCAUGGGAUGUAAAGCCUGCGGUAGGGAGGAUAUCGAAAGGGGUUGUAAUGGUGAAGGAAGGAUUCAAGGUGGGAUAGCCACAAUCCCGGGCUUUGGUUGGUGGCCCAUUAAGGCUUAUCGGCCUUGUCCCGCUUAUGUGGCGUCCGGUGGUAGGUACAGACGAACGGGGCAGAGCAUGGACGAGGUUGUCUCCGGAAAAGUAAAGAGGGGAACGAGUGGUGGGGCAUUGUGGGCAGAGAAAGUCUUGAUAAUUAGCUUUGUGAAUGAUGGAGCUUCUAAUGUUGCAUUAGAAAAGCUGAAUACUAGAAAGAAGAACCUGAAAGAUGAAGGUAACUGGAUUAGGUCGUUUGUCUGCCUCGACUUGAAGAAGGUUAUAUCCAAUGAAUAUUAUUGGGAAAUGCUGAAGCAUUCAGUUAUAUCCAGCACAUGGCUUUCUUAUAUGUAAGUAAUUCUUAUAUUGAACCACAUCUUUUGUGCUUCUCUAUAUAUCACGUGAGUUGUUCUAUGAAUGCUUUACGAGAUCACAUUGUCCAGUGAAAAUCCUUGCUAAUGACCCAGAAUCAUACAUUUUGCAAGAAAGUGAUGGAAUACAAUAUUGUGUAUAUUGUUCAGCUUUGUUUGCUUGGUUUUCUUUUUAGAUAUUUCUUCAGAGACUGUUGAUUUCUUAAAUAUGACGAAAUGGAUCGAUAAAAAUUGUGAUUAGUGUGAGAAUUGAGAGCUCUGCUAAGAUACAUUCAUCAUAUCUGUGUUUCCAAAUGAUAAUAGCCUACUAAAACACUUAUCAAUUAUUUCCACUUAUUUGAUUGAUUAAUUUUCAAAUCCAGCCCCCUAACUUCCAAAUGGAAGCAAUUUUAAUUUACAUUUUUCUUGAUGUGACAUUUGGUUCUCAACGGUCUCACUACUGACUACCCUUUAAGUAGAAGUAUCAGUUCUAAC